CCCUCCUCUUCCGUUCCCCUUGGCUCCGAUCAGUCCUCAUGGGCUACUGUGACCAAAAAAUAUCGCCCGGUCCAACCUGUUGCUCUCGCCCGCCGUCAGGCUGCUGCUGCCCGUGCCUUCCAACCAAACGAUGGCCCCACAGGUUAUAAAUACCUGUAUGUUCCUCGCUCCCGCCGAUUGACCCGGCAAGAAGUCCGUUCGCGGCUUCGACGUUUGGGCAUUGACCCAUACCGCGUCCUCGACAUCAUAUUCCCAGCUCGUUCCGUUAUUGGACUUCUUGUCCAUGUUCAAUACUAUGAAUUUGCUAUGGCCCAAAUUGUGAACUCCAAAAUUCAACCGCUCACCGAUUUCGACCCCCUGGCUAUCACCAUCAUUGGUGACCCUGAAAUAAAACAAAUGCCCAUUCCCGAUCAAGAAGCCUUUGUGUUUGAUCUCCACCGCAGCCGAUGUGAACGCGCAAUUUCCCAUCUGCCAUACCACAUUGCCUCCCCUGUUGCCCGCUCCUUCCUUGCUGACGGCAUUUUGGACGACGCCGAUCUGCCAAAACUGCUGUACAAAUGUCGUGGUGCCCCUCCCCAGCCCAUCAAGGAUGCUGAAUCCACCGACGGUAGCUCCAACGACCCGGAUCAACCCAUGACCGAUGCU